UUGAGUUGUCCGGUAGUGAAAUUGUGGGCGUAAUUGAGUUCAUCCGGUUCGAAAUUGUUUUCAUUGGUUCGAUUUACUCAACACUGUUAGGAUAUGCUAGAGUCUUAACCGAGUAAACGCUAUUUGAAGUCAGAGUAAAGGCAGUUAAGUUCCUACGCACUUUCAUCGAUCGAAAUGGAAUCAGAUGAUAGGCGACAUUUGGAUGUUUCUCCCACCUUGAAAGCAAAAUUGUUGGAGCUUUUAGAGUCGAAAAAACUUCCUUUGGAGGAACUAGCCCAAACCUUGUACAUUCAUGAUACCUCCCCUUAUGCAACAGUUGCUGAUCUUGUUAACCAGUAUGAAAGCAGAAAUCAAGCACUGACAUUAGAAAAAUGGAAGUUCAUUUUUAAGAAGCUGCAUUUGUCCAAGGAACUUGAAGAUCUUUUGGCUGUGGAUCAGAGUGUAAUGAUGAUUAAUCCAACAGCUGUGGGUGAAGUAAACUGCAGUGGGUCACUACCAGCAGAGAAGUCUCUGCAAGGAACUCAACCUAGUCAGGACUUAGUUGAACCAAGAGGUGUUCCUUUACAAGAUAAGCCUUUUCUUUGUGUGAAUGAUCCUUCCUUAAAAUUGCCAGUAGUUAACCCAAGGGCAAGAGAAGGAGCCAUCCCAAAAACUAAACAGCCUCAGCCUCCACCCAGCACUGUUAAGCCUGAUGUUGGGGAGAAAAUGUUGAUUGGUGCACCUGGAAGUCAGUCUGAUUUAAAUCUACCCUCCAUACCAGGGGGAGAUUUUGGUGAUAAAUGUCCUCAAUCUUGGAGUCUCCACUCUCCAGAGUCAAUUGAAAGUGCUGAGUGGAAUGCUGCUGAUUGUUCAAUUCUUUGUGAUUCUUCAGUACAAAAUGAAAGUCAAGAUACCGGGUUCUUCUCAGGAGAAGGUAACUCUUGCACCCAGACAACAUCAUCAUCAUCCACUGCUCUAUUGUACUCAUGAAGGAAUGAAGAAUAUAUCAGGACCAAAAUGGUGCCUCUACUGUUAUACCUGAGCCGGGAAAAGCUAAACAUGGGAUUCAAUUGCUGCCAAGCCUCUCAGAGGAUUCCCAAAUGCAGCCUGGUCGUUCAAGAACC